AUGCCUCGUCUAAACCCCCUCUUCCUCUUCUCCCUCACAGUUGCCCUAACAGCCUACAUGCUCUCACCAACCCUUCGCGCCUUCCUCACGUCAGUGACGACAACUCUCACAAACUCACCCUCCUCUCAAUCUCCAGACUCAUCAAAAAUGAAGAAGCCUCGAAUGCCAGUCUACUUCUUCUCUCACGGCGGCCCAGACGUGAUGUACAACAAAGCCCACCCAGUCUACCCAACCCUCCAGCACAUAGGGCGCGAAAUAACAUCCCUCAAAUCCACCGCAAUCCUAGUCUUCUCAGCCCACUGGCAAUCCCCCUCCCCCUCCACAAUCUCAAUCAACGCCGCACCCGGCCCCGCGCCCCUAAUCUACGACUUCUCAGGCUUCCCCUUACACUACUACUCCGCAACCUACCCAAACACCGGCUCGCCCUGCCUAGCAUCCCGCGUCUGCUCCCUCCUCUCCGCCUCAUACGACAGCAACAUCACCUGCGUACCAACAACAGACCGCGGCCUAGACCACGGCGUAUGGGCAGGCUUCCACGUAGCCUUCAACCCCUCCACAAACCCCCUAAAUAUCCCACUAGUCCAGGCCUCUCUCUUCCGCUCAGAGGAUCCAGACGCCCACUACCGCCUCGGCGCCGCUCUCUCCGCCCUUCGCGACGAAGGCGUAGUCAUCAUCGGCGCGGGAAUGUCCGUCCAUAACCUCUACCACAUGAGCAGCGACCCGCGGUCCAUGCCAUACGCCGUCAGCUUCGACGACGCGCUCAAGGAGGCCGUCGAGGUCGCCAACGUCGGCGAGAGGCAGGAUAAGAUGGCCCAAGUUUGCAGACGACCUGAUGCCAAGCAGGCUCAUCCGUACAUGGAUCACCUCAUGCCCAUUCACGUAGCUGCCGGUGCUGCGGGAGAAGACCGCGGUAAGCAGCUGUGGACCAUGAAGGAAGGCAGUUUCGCGUGGGCUCAGUACCGUUUCGGGGACGUCCCGAAACCUGUGAUAUGA